AUGUCCAAGUCAAUCGUUAACACCGUCGAGUACCCCUUUAAGUUUGACCAGCCCAUCGUAACAAAACCGGGCAAGAAAGGCCAAACACAAGAUGUUUCCGCGACAAUCAAGAACGUCCGCGGCAAGAUUCCUUCCCUACAAGCCUCGCGUCUUCGCACCAUGAUGCUAGAGGCCCAUGCCGACCCCACCAAAAUCCUCGCCCACUGCUGCUCCUACGAUGGCCUCUCCUCGCGGCUAGUCGAGGAAGCCGGCUUCCCAAUGGUCUUCCUGGCCGGCUACCCCUGCGCAAGCGCCUACGGUCUGCCGGACACGGGAUACAUCGCCAUGGCGGAGAUGUGCGACAAGAUCCAAGAGGCGGUCCGGCAGGUGUCGAUCCCGGUGUUCGCUGAUGGUGAUACCGGAUACGGGAGCCCGAUGAACGUCAAGAGGACCGUGGAGUCUUACGCCGAUGCUGGCGCCGCGGGCGUCAUGAUUGAGGACCAGACUUGGCCGAAACGGUGUGGCCACACAAAGGGCAAGGCCGUAGUAUCCAGAGGAGAGGCGUAUGCGAGGAUCCAGGCUGCGUGCGAUGCCAGAGACGAGGGCAAGGAUAUCUUCGUUCUAGCGAGGACCGAUUCGCUGAUCCAUGGUUGGGAGGAAGCCUUGACGAGGGCGAAGGAGUUCAAGCGGAUCGGCGUGGACGCCGUGUUCGUCGAGGCGCUUCCGGACCGCGAAUCUAUGAGGAAAUGCGUGGAGGAGCUUGAUAUGCCGACCUUUGCCAAUAUUAUUGAGGGCGGAAAGACGGAGAACUUGUCAGCCAAAGACCUUGCAGAGCUUGGCUUUAGUGCAGUAGCCUACCCGUGGUCCCUUGUAGCCGCCAAAUUGAAGAGUAUCCGGGAGGCACUCGAGGCGCUGAAGAAGAGCAUGACUGAGGGCGCACCCCCCAUGAUUCUGUCGUAUUCGGAGGUAUGCGAAGGCGUAGGCUUCAACAAGUACUGGGAGAGGGAAGAGAAGUACAAGUUCGACAACGACGGUCUGAUCAACGGGCAUGCCAAUGGCACGAACGGAUCUUCUUAA